AAAUAUAUUGACACCACGGUUCAGAUUCAGUGAGCUAGACGCCUAUGCUCCAACUUUUACUACCUGGAUAAAAAUAUGAACCACCUUGGAUGUCCUGGUUAGCUGAAGUGAUUGGCAUCUGAAAUUUUUCAGCGUGCUCGAAUUCUCAUUUCAGAGAUACGAGGAGAGUUAAGCAGCAGCCGGUAAAUACGAGGUGCUGUGAUUCAUGGGUGUGACAGCUAAGGAGCUUUCCACAGGAGUGGGAGAAUAUCUGUAAUCCUGCCCUCCCUGGGCUGCAGAGGUGUUGAGCCACUCAGGCUUUUAGUGGCAGUGUCCCCGUGUCCAUCCCGCCUGGGAAAGGCCAUAGGAAUGCCCCGGGGGGGUUGUUAAACGCUGCAUUCCACGUGGAGCCUUUCAGUGAUGGGAAGAGGAGUCGUUGGCAGUGCAAGAGCUGAAUAGUGAGGGCAUUCACACCGGAUUCUUUAGGCAAGGAGAGUCAAUGUGAGUGCCCCAAUGUGGGGAUAGGCAGCGUCUGUGGGAGCCCAUUAAAGCCGGGGUGCUCUUGGUGUGUCCUCCUUGGCUUUUCUUGGAGGUGUGGACGGAUGUGCUGUGUAACAAUGUCAGGAGAUUUUGGGAAGAGGUGCUGGAAAGCUCUUUCUGGGAGAUGGCGUUCAAAAGGGAUGUUCUUGCUGAUUCAAGAGCAAGCAGUUCUGUCCAGGACUCUACACUGGGGAUAAGGACAUGGGACUCCUCCUGCCAGAUUCCAGCUGGUUCAUCACAACUGACAUCUUGGCUGACAACUGUGAAAAGGAUCUUCGGAUUAUUCCAUUUGAUUUUUGUGGGAGACCACAAUCCCCAAACUCUAGGACAUAUCAGGUUCCAUAUUUCUUGUAGAAUUUUAAAAUAACCUUUUCUAAUGAGGAUGUCUGAUAUUCUUACUGUAAAAGAUGAAACUGAUACAAUGAAGGGUUCAGAAGCUGAAUUUAAAGAUACAGACCCAGUUGAAAACCUCAAAAAAUCAGGAAGUGAGGAAGAGAUUCAAGUGGAAAAGGAUGAAAAUUGUCCUGAUAACAAAAACAAUAUGCCGCGGCCAGCGCAGUCCCUGGCACAGACGGCCAAGCGCUCCAAGUCAAACACAAAGUUAAAGUUAGUUCGGAGCCUUGCUGUAUGUGAAGAAUAUCCACCACCUCCCACAGCUGAAAUAUCCCAGGACCUCCAGGAGAAAAUUCAGAUCCAGUUGUCACAGUCUUUUGAAAAAGAAGAAAAACCUGCAAAAGAUGAAUCAGAAAAGGAAAAAUCCAGUGAUAAGCUCUCCAGAAAAAUGUUAUCAAGAGAUUCCAGCCAGGAGUAUACAGAUUCCACUGGUAUAGAUCUUCAUGAAUUUUUAGUAAAUACAUUAAAAAACAAUCCCAGGGACAGAAUGAUGCUGCUGAAAUUAGAACAGGAAAUUUUAGAUUUCAUUGGUAAUAAUGAAGUACCAAGAAAAAAGUUUCCCCCAAUGACAUCUUACCAUAGAAUGCUGUUGCACAGGGUAGCUGCUUACUUUGGAUUAGAGCACAACGUGGACCAGAGUGGGAAGUCAGUCAUAGUAAAUAAAACUAGCAAUACAAGAAUACCUGACCAAAAGUUUUGUGAGCAUAUAAAGGAUGAGAAGAGCGAUGACUUCCAGAAGCGGUACAUCCUUAAGAGAGAUAACUCUAGUUUAGACAAAGAUGACAACCAGAUGAGAAUACGAUUAAAAGAUGACAGAAGAAGUAAAUCUAUAGAAGAACGUGAAGAAGAAUAUCAGAGAGCUAGAGAAAGGAUAUUUGCACAAGAUUCCCUGUGUUCCCAAGAGAAUUAUUUCACUGAUAAAAGAAUCCAGGAGGAAGAAACUAAUAGUACACAACAAAGACGACAGAUACUUAGAAUCAAUAAGGAGGCAUCGGGGAGAUCGGCCAACAGCCACCAGAGCAGCACGGAGACGGAGCCGCGGCCCUGGAGCAGCACGGACUCGGACAGCUCCCUGCGCAACCUGAAACCCGCCGUCACCAAGGCCAGCAGCUUCAGCGGCAUCUCCGUGCUCAGCCGCGGGGACAGCUCGGGCAGCAGCAAGAGCACGGGCAGGCUGUCCAAAGCAGGUUCAGAGUCUUCUAGUAGUGUAGGGUCCUCCACGGGUUCUCUCUCUCACAGCCAGCAGCCUCUUCCAGUGGCAGCUCUAAGCCAGCCCUCCCCUGGCACGCCUGCCGUGUACCCAGCUGGCAGCUCUAGUAACUCUCUGUCCUUUGAUGGUGCCAUGAGCCAAGUGGCACCUGCUGCUGGCAGUAGCUUCUUUCUGCUUCCCUUGGAAGCAGCGGGCAUCCCGCCUGGCAGUGUGCUGGUCAACCCUCAGACAGGUCAGCCGUUCCUCAAUCCCGAUGGCACGCCGGUGGUGUACAACCCUCCCCUGCCUCAGCAGCCUGGCAGGAGCCAAGUGCCUGGAGCUGCUCCUCAGGCAGCCCUGCCCAGCCCCAGCCAGCACCAGCCCGGAGCCAACGCCGUCCUCUCACAGCCUCUGCGGGCUCUGCAGCCUUCCUCCCAGCCUGUCCAGUACUCUGCAGUGUCGUACCCACCCCCGCUCCUGCCAGCCUCCUCUGCACAGCAAUACUCUGUGCAAGACAACCUGGGAUCGCAGUUCAGCCACCUGAGCCUGGCGCGGCAGGCGCCGGCCGAGGGCGCGGAGCCGGGCCCGGCGCUGUUCCAGCCCGGCGUGGUGCUGCAGCCCCCGCAGCAGCCGGGCUUCAUCCUGGCCGCGCCCGCAGCGCCGCCCGCCGCGCCCGCCCCGCCCUACUCGGGCCCCGCGCACGCCGUGGGCCAGCCCGUGCUCCCGCAGCAGGGAUACGUGCAGCAGCCCGUGCCACAGAUGCCACCCUGUUACUGUACCCCCAGCCAGUACCCGCACUCCAGCCAGCAGUACCGCCCCGUGUCUGUCCAUUACAGCACCCAGCAGAGCCAGGCCCUGCCCCAGCCUGGCCAGCAGACAGGUUACCAGAUUUUGCCCAACCAGCAGCAAAACUACCAGGGUUUAGUUGGAGUUCAGCAGUCUCAGAAUCAAAAUCUAGUCAGUGGCCAACACAACAACAUUGGGAAUCAAAUUCAAGGUGUGAUUGUUCCAUAUCCCUCAGUGCCAUCUUAUCAGGUUUCGGUGCCUCAAGGUUCCCAAGCAGUGCCCCAGCAGACAUAUCAGCAGCCUGUGAUAAUUCCCAGCCAGUCCAGCCAAGGGCUGCCCACCACAGGAAUGCCAGUCUACUACAGUGUCAUUCCAUCAGGCCAACAGAACAAUCUAAGUUCAUCUGUAGGAUAUUUGCAGCCUCCUGGAUCAGAGCAGAUACAGUUUCCUAGAACAUCAUCACCAUGCAACUCACAGCAGCUUCAAGGACAGCAGUGUGCAGUUUAUAGCAACCAUUCGAGUCAGAAGCCUUCACCUCCUACAUUAUUGCCACCUUCAUCCAAGUCAAAGCCACAGCAGGCUGCUUCCAUUGUGCACUACAGCAUAGUGUCUCCACCCUCAUCAUGUAAAAGUUCACCCACUGGUCUUUCCAUCAUGCAGCCAAAAAAAGGCGCGGCGCCGCCCGCCGGGGGGGUGCUGAUGAUGCAGCUCAGCGUGCCCGGCAGCGCCGCCCCCCGGAACCCGUCCCCGCCGCAGAGGAGAGCGGGCAAGUUCUACUGCGAGCCCGCCCGCGGGCACAAGGGCACGGACGGCAGCACUUUAGACGGGGCUGCGCAGCUGCAGCACAGUCCUCAACUGGGCAGCCCUGGCACCUCACCAGCCCAAUCACCAGCACCAGCCCAGCUGUCAAACAUGAAGAACAUCCGUCCCACACUGGCACCUCUGUCUAUCGUGUCCCAGUUUUCUAGACCUUUUGUCCCUGGACAAGGAGAUGCCAGAUACCCAUUGCUUGGCCAACCCCUGCAAUACAAUCCAUCUUUGUUACGUGGACAAGUAACAAGCCAACAGUGUCAGCCUGGAAACAGACACGGGAACAGGGGAAAGAAACCAGCAAAGAAGGCUGCUUCAGCAGAUCUUGGUGCAGGAGAGCCAGUUGUGGGCAAAGUUCUAGAAAUUACUGAGCUGCCCGAAGGCAUCACUCGCAUGGAAGCAGAGAAGCUCUUUGGGGAACUGUUGAAGGUGGGUGCCAAGAUCCGGUGGCUGAGGGACUCGCAGUGCCAGCAGCAGCAGCAGCGGCGGCUCUGCGGGGACGGCGGCGGGGGCGCCGGGGACUUGGCCUCCAGCUACACGGUGCUGGCCGCCUUCCCCAGCCUGGCGGCGGCGCAGAGCGCGCUCAAGAGACAGAGCGGCGGCGCGGGCGGCAAGUUCCGCCUGAGGAGCAGCAGGAGGCACCAGGAGCUGCACGGCCUCGAGAGGGCCAGCUCGCAGUAGCGGCAGCGCCGCGCCGGGCUCGGCCCCUGCUGCCGCCGCGCUCCCUCCUCCGUCGCUUCGGUGUCAGGGGCUUUCCGUUGUCUCCAGAGAGACUCCUGGGAUCUUUUGUCACGUGACAUUUGCCAUUGAAGAAUAAAUAACCCAGUGAAUCCAGCAAGAUGAAGAACAAAAUUUCCAGAGUUGCUCCCAGACGAUAGCAAGGAAUCAUCUUUGCGACAGGCGGCUUUCUGUGAGGAACGCUGCUGAAAUGCCCCCUACUUUUAUAGUAGUUUUGUUUUAUAUUUUUGAAAUCUUGUAUCAGAUCCAAAGUUCUAUUGUACAGCAGAUGUUCAUAAAAAUCCAUAUGCAGAUUUGUAUUUUAUAAUCCCUUUUCACAGCCAGCACGCAGCAGUCCAUUCCAAGGCAGGAACCUGAGGAUUGCUGGAGGGGAAAAGAGAACCAUUCUUAAGGAAUUAUAUUCAUUUUCUAGCAAACUACCCAACAUCUUCAAGUUAACCUGUUCUUUGCCCCUUGUGUGUUUUUUCUUCUUUUCUUUCUUUUUUUCCUCUCUUUUUCCUUUUUCUUCUUUUUCUGUUUUUCUUUAAGAAAAAAAAGAAUGUCAUUUUAGUAACUAACUCCUUAGAUGGUCAUUGUCUUUUGCAAUAUUUUCAAACAAUGUCAAAAGAAAUUACAAGUUUGUACCCUUGAAGAAUUUGCUUCUGAUCCAGCAAGUUUAAUAAUUACUAGAAGGGGAUUAUGAAUAGGUUACAAAGAAUGUUCACUGAAUCACAUUUUAAUAUUUCUUUUUAACAUAAGUGUGAAGAAACUUUAUGUAUCUUCAUACAAGUGACAAAAUGUUUGCACUUUAAUUGUGUUCCCACCAGUAUGGGUCUCUUUCUCUUCCUUUUCACGCUAAGAUAAUUGUUUGGUAAGUGCUGGAAACCUUUUUAAUAGUUUAAGUUUUCAUCAUUUGCAGAUGCUCACUGGACAUUAAAGAUUCAUUGCACAUAAAUGAAACAAAACUUUUUUCAACUUGUGUAAUUUGCAAGUCUGUACAAUGUGUGCUGAUGCAAGCCUUUUUCAGUUCAAAAGAAUAAAUGUUUACAAACACGAACUUUUUCAGUG